AUGGACUCCUGGAUCUUCCCAUCAUCCCCUCCGAACCUGUCCGACCACCUCAUGUAUGACAGCUUCAUGCAGGUUAAUGAGUCUGACCUCAGUGGGAACUACACAGACCACAGCUUCAACAGAAUCAGUACGGUGGUCAUCACCUGCAUGUACUUCCUGGUUUGCACUGUGGGGCUCUGUGGAAACGCCCUCGUCAUCUACGUCAUCCUGCGCUACGCCAAGAUGAAGACAGUCACCAACAUCUACAUCCUCAACCUGGCAGUGGCUGAUGUGCUCUUCAUGCUUGGCCUACCAUUCAUCGCCAUCCAGCUGGCGCUGGUCCACUGGCCCUUCGGUCCUGUGCUCUGCAGGGUGGUGAUGACGGUGGACUCCCUGAACCAGUUCACUUCCAUCUUCUGCCUGAUGGUCAUGAGCAUCGACCGCUACCUGGCUGUGGUGCAUCCGAUUAAGUCCACGAAGUGGCGCAAGCCUCGCAUGGCCAAGACUAUCAACUUAGCAGUGUGGGGAGUGUCGCUGAUGGUUAACCUGCCCAUCGUUAUCUACAGCGGCAUCAUCACGAAGCACGAUGGCUGCUUCUGCACCAUCGUGUGGCCUGAGCCCCAAGAGGCCUACUACACAGCGUUCAUGUUCUACACCUUUAUCCUGGGCUUCUUCCUGCCCCUCAUGGUCAUCUGCCUUUGCUACUUGUUCAUCAUCAUCAAGGUGAAGUCCUCAGGCAUCCGCGUGGGCUCGUCCAAGAGGAAGCGCUCAGAGAGGAAGGUGACUCGGAUGGUGUCCAUCGUGGUGGCGGUGUUUGUAUUCUGCUGGCUCCCUUUUUACAUCUUCAAUGUCACCUCAGUAACGGGCACCAUCAGCACCACUCCCAUCCUGAGGAGCACUUUUGCUUUUGUGGUGGUACUGGGAUACGCCAACAGCUGCGCCAACCCCAUCCUCUACGCUUUCCUGUCAGAGAACUUCAAGAAGAGUUUCCAGAACGUUCUCUGUCUUAAGAAGGUGGGGGGGCUGGAUGAGGUUGAGCGCAGCGAUAGCCGGCAUGAUAAAUCUCGUAUGAUGAACGACCCAACGGAGACCCAAAGUACUCUGCUGAACGGGGACCUGCAGACCAGCAUCUGAGAGGAAGGUCAUUUUCUCCGGAGAGUGGUGCGACUGUAAAUAACUGUGCAGAGAAUGG